AUGUUAAUAAAUUUGCUUGCGCUGUCUGAGUCUGAGUUUGAGUAUGCAGGCAAAUCCCCUGAUCCCAGCCCCACGCCUUUCCAGACUCUGCAAUGUGAUUCUAAACCUGAGUCCCAUGUGGAAGCCAUUCUGGACCCCUUCGGAGAUGGUCUUCGCCAGGAAGGUCUCCAAUGGGACCGGUGGUUUCAGGAGCCGCUGUGCCUCGUCAGGCUCAUACAGGCAAAUUUCAGGCCCAACUUCUUCACAGAGUGCAUGAUCCUAGGAGUCUUUCUCUACUUCCAUGUUCUCCUUUCAAUCGAUUCCCUUGGACAGCUCAUACCUUGCUCCCUCCAUAGGCCCCAGCAGAAAGGAUACAUCCAGAAAGGAGAUCUCAUGAUCGGAGGCCUAAUCCCAAUGCAUACAACCUGGAUACAAACUGAUUAUUCAUUCAGAGAGAGGAAGUUGCCACCUAUCUGUGAUUCAUACAGCACAAUAUCUUAUUCAUGGUUGCAGGUGAUAAGAUAUUCCAUUGAUGAAAUUAAUAAAAAUGAGGCUUUACUCCCUAAUAUCUCCCUGGGAUUCCAAAUAGUUGAUACCUGUUUAGACAUCUCUCAGACACUUUGGGGAACUCUCUGGAUCAUUUCUGGGAUGGACAAUCCUAUCCUUAACUACCAGUGCCAUCCAAGUACGCCUCUUGCCAUUAUUGGAGACACUCUAUCAUCAUCAUCUAUUGCAAUUGCAAAUCUGCUGGGUAUCUACAAAUACCCUCUGAUAAGCUAUGAUUCCACCGCUCCAUCUUUGAGCAACCGCUUUUUGUAUCCAUCAUUCCUUCGUACCGUGCCUAAUGAUGACAAGCAGUCUCGUGCUCUGGCCAAACUGGUGUCAUACAUGGGGUGGAACUGGGUAGGUUUGCUUUCUCUCGAUGAUGAUUUUGGAAUAUCAGGCUCACAAAGCCUUAAAAUCGAGCUUCAGAAACUGGGUGUGUGUCUUGCUUAUCACGAGACUUUUGGAAAAGGUACUUCUUUAAAAAAGAUGAAGUUCAUCGUUGAUAUGGUUGUACAGUCAUCAGCUAAGGUUGUCAUUAUCUUCUCAAGAGAUCCUUUUAUAAACCAGCUAAUGGAUUUUAUGAAUGAAAAAAAAGACACAGGAAAGAUUUGGGUGGCCUGCACUGGAUGGUCACAAUCCCCAAUUGUUGCUAUUCAAAAGUAUGGUAGUAUAAUGCAUGGAACACUUGGCAUUUCAACAUAUGCAGCAGAGAUGCCAGGGUUCAAGGAGUUUCUUCUUUCCAUCCGCCCUUCUACCGCUCUUUCAAAUGACAUCUUUAUAGAUAGAUUUUGGGAGAUUGUGCAUGAUUGCCGUUGGUCUGACACAAAGAAUGAAAGCGCGUUGUGCACUGGGGAGGAGAAGCUGAACAGAUUCAGAAAUAAAAAUUAUGAAUUUAAUGAAUUUGACUUCAGGUACCACUAUCGCAUAUAUAAUGCAGUGUACUCAGUAGCCAAUGCUCUCCACAAACUCUUCUUCUGUACAUCCAGCCAGCAAUGUGCAGAUUCCAUGACCAUUAAACCAUGGCAGGUUCUUCAUCAUGUGAAAAAUGUCCACUUUCAAAACAGGAUGAGUGACGAUAUAUAUUAUGACCUUAGUGGGGAGCUACCAUCGGACUAUAGCAUUAUAAACUGGCAGCAGAGAGUGAAUGGGUUGAUUGAAUUUGUGAAUAUUGGACGUUAUAAUAUGAGGAAAAGUGACGGUGCAGAACUAAGCAUCAACACAUCGGCUAUUCAGUGGAUUACAGGAAAAGAAAUGAUCCCUCGCUCUGUGUGCAGUAAGAGUUGUUCACCGGGAUUUCGGAAAGCUACUCAAAAAGGUCAACCCCCUUGCUGCUUUGACUGUAUCCCAUGCUCAGAGGGAGAAAUAUCUAACCAGACAGAUUUGAGUACCUGUCACCCAUGCCAUGCUGAGACUUGGCCAAAUGAGAAGAAUACUAAGUGCAUCCCAAAGAUGGUGGAGUUUCUUUCUUUUUGGGAACCCAUGGGCAUCACUCUCACCUUGGCUGCCAUCUUCUUCUACCUGACCACUGUGAGCAUCUUGUGCACAUUUCUGAAAAAUAAAGACACUCCCAUAGUAAAAGCCAAUAAUCGUGAUAUUACCUACCUCCUGCUGACCUCCUUAACACUGAGUUUCCUCUGCUCUCUGCUUUUUAUUGGGGAACCCCAAAGAUAUACAUGUCUUUUUCGCCAAGGGGCAUUUGGUGUCAUCUUUGUACUUAGUCUUUCAUCCGUCUUGGCCAAGACUAUCAUGGUUGUCAUGGCCUUCACAGCUACCAAGCCUAAUAGCAACAUGAGGAAGUGGUUGGGCCCUCACGUCCCUGCUUUAAUUAUUUCCAUCUGUACUUUUAUUCAAUUACUCAUCAGCCUCUACUGGAUGCUUAGCUGCCCUCCUUUCCCUGAAAGAAAUAUCAGAAUCAAGAAAGGGAUCGUUGUGUUCCAAUGUAAUGAGUGUUCGGACACUUUGCUAUGGUGCAUGCUGGGAUAUUUGGCAUUCUUAGCAUGUAUCAGCUUCUUGGUAGCAUUUCUGGCCAGGAAAUUACCUGAUAACUUCAAUGAAGCCAAAUGGAUCACAUUUUCCAUGUUGAUAUUCCUGAGCGUUUGGAUCUCAUUCGUUCCUGCGUAUCUAAGCACUCAGGGUAAAUACAUGGUCUCCGUAGAAAUAUUUGCCAUCAUAUCAUCUAGUGCUGGAGUCCAAGUUUGUAUAUUCCUGCCUAAGUCUUACAUUAUAAUAUUCAGACCAGACCGGAAUACACGAGGACAACUUCUUGUCAAAGGGUCAUUGCCGAAAACAAGCAUGUGCCACUCCUUGUCUACACGUCAGCUUCAAGAGAGCCAGAAGCUCCUAAUGAUCCUGGGAACCAUCCUCUACUUCUGUUUUCUUCUAUCACUUGCUUCUUUUGGACAGUUCUCUCCUUGCUCCCUCUACAGCCCCCGGCAGAAAGGAUACAUACAAAAAGGAGAUGUUAUGAUUGGAGGGCUAUUCCCAAUUCAUACAUAUUGGAAGGAUACAAAGAAUUCAUUCAGAGAGAGGAAACUGCCUGCUAUAUGUGAUUCAUACAGCACAGUGUCUUAUUCUUGGAUGCAGGCAAUGAGAUUUGCCAUUGACGAAAUUAAUAAGGAUAAAACUUUACUUCCAAAUAUCUCUCUGGGAUUUCAAAUAUUUGAUACCUGUGUGCAUAUUUCUCAAACUUUUUGGGGAACACUCUGGACCCUUUCUGGUGAAGACAGCCCUAUUCUCAACUACCAGUGCCAUCCAAGUGUUCCUCUAGCUAUUGUAGGGGAUGCUAUAUCAACCACAUCUUUUGCUUUGGCAACUUUAUUGGGUGUAUAUCGAUACCCUCAGGUUAGUUACCUUGCCUCUGCAUCCUCUCCAAACAACCACUUCUUGUACCCUUCUUUAUUCCGCACUAUUCCAAGUGAUGGAAAACAGUCCCGUGCAUUGGCAAGACUGGUGUCAUACAUGGGGUGGAACUGGGUUGGCUUGCUCUCUCUUGAUGAUGACUUUGGAAUCUCUGGAUCGCAAAUUUUAAAAAUGGAGCUGAAUAGUUUGGGUGUUUGUCUGGCUUACCAUGAAGUAUUUGGAACAGAAACUUCUAUGAAAAAGAUGCAGUUCAUCAAAAAUAUAGUCAUUCAUUCAUCUGCUAUGGUUGUUAUCAUCUUCUCAAGGGACCCUUUGAUUAAUCGUCUUGCAGAUUUAUUGAUAGAAAAGGAAGACACAGGAAAAAUCUGGGUGGCAUGUACUGGAUGGUCCAAUUCACCUAUUGUUUCCAUAACAAUGUAUAGUCAUAUAAUGAUGGGAACCCUUGGAUUUUCAUACAGUCAAGUGGAAAUGAAGGGAUUUAAGGAGUAUCUUUUGGCCAUUCAACCAUCCACCUUAAUUCCAGAUGACAUCUUUUUACCAGAUUUGUGGGAAAUUGUGCACGAUUGCAGUUGGACUGGUGGAGAGAAUAAGACCUUGUUGUGUACAGGGCAUGAGAAACUAGAGACAUUCAAAAACAAAGAAUUUGAAUAUGAUGAAUUUGAUUUUAGGAUCCACUACUUGGUGUAUGAUGCAGUAUAUGUAAUUGCCCAUGCCAUCAAUCAAUUUAACCUAUGUACACCUAACAACAAACCCUUAUCUCAUGAUGAGUGUAGAGAUCCCAUUACCAUUAAACCAUGGCAGGUUCUUUACUACAUGAGAAACAUACACUUUUUAAAUAAGAUGGGCAGUGAGAUGUAUUUUGAUGUUAAUGGAGACCCUCCAACUGAAUAUGAUGUUGUUAACUGGCAGCGGAAUUUGGAUGGUUCUAUUGAGUUUGUUGCAGUUGGACAUUUCAGUGACCAAAAAUCCCAAGGCACAGAAUUCAGCAUUAAUACAUCUGCCAUUCAGUGGAUUACAGGAAAACACGAGAUCCCUCGCUCUGUGUGCAGUGAGAGUUGUUCCCCGGGAUUUCGGAAAGCUACUCAGGAAGGUCAGCCCCCUUGCUGCUUUGACUGUAUCCCAUGUUCAGAGGGAGAAAUAUCCAAUGAAAUAGAUUUAAAUAACUGUUUCGCAUGCUCUCCUGAGACUUGGCCCAAUGAGAACAAUACUAACUGCAUCCCAAAGGUUGUUGAGUUCUUGUCUUUCUGGGAACCCUUGGGAAUCAUACUUACUUUGGUAACCAUGGCAUUUUCCUUCAUCACCAUUAGCAUCUUGUACAUAUUCUUGAGAAAUAAAGACACAGCCAUUGUAAAAGCCAAUAAUCGUGAUAUUGCCUACCUCCUUCUGGCUUCCCUGUCAUUGAAUUUUCUCUGUCCACUGCUUUUUAUUGGAGAACCCCAAAGAUAUACUUGCAUUUUUCGCCAAGGGGCAUUUGGUGUCAUUUUUGUCCUAAGUGUAUCUUCUGUCUUAGCCAAAACUAUCAUGGUUGUCAUUGCCUUCACAGCUACCAAGCCUAAUAGCAACAUGAGGAAGUGUUUGGGCCCCCAAAUACCUGCUUUAAUUAUUUCGACCUGUACCCUCAUCCAAUUACUCAUCAGCCUUUACUGGAUACUUAGCUGCCCCUCCUUCCCUGAAAGAAAUAUUAGAAUCAAGACAGGGGUCAUUGUGUUCCAAUGUAAUGAGUGUUCAGACACCUUGCUAUGGUGCAUGCUGGGAUAUAUGGCAUUCUUGGCAUGUGUCAGCUUCUUGGUAGCUUUUCUGGCCAGGAGAUUACCUGAUAACUUCAAUGAAGCCAAAUGGAUCACAUUUUCCAUGUUGAUAUUCCUGAGUGUUUGGAUCUCAUUCGUUCCUGCGUAUCUAAGCACUCAGGGUAAAUACAUGGUCUCCGUAGAAAUAUUUGCCAUCAUAUCAUCUAGUGCUGGAGUCCUAGUUUGUAUAUUCCUCCCUAAAUCUUACAUUAUAAUAUUCAGACCUGAUCUUAAUACACGAGGACAACUUCUUGGCAAAGGGUCAUCGCAGAAAACAAGCACGUUUUCAUAGCAGUGGAAUCAC